CGCCAGUAUGGCUAUACUCAAACACUCCACCGUACCUGGAAGCAAUUCGAGAGCUUCAGUGCAGCCUUUGGCUCGCUGUACUUCGUUGGCGGUGCGUCUGGCUUUUUGCUCACUGUGCCAUUGAUGUGUAUCACCGCCGCUGUUCUGGCUGAAGUCUGCUCGGCUGUGCCGCUCUCUGGCUCAAUCUAUAUAUGGGCAGCUGACGCUGGUGGUCCAAAGUACGGACGUCUUUUUGGCUUCAUCACUGCUUUUUGGUCAACGACUGCCUGGACAUCCUUUGUUGCCAGCAACACCCAAGCGACGACCAACUUCAUGAUCUCCGAGCUCAACGUCUUCAACGCUUACUUUCCUGGCACGCUCGAUUACAGCAAUGUCAAGUUCCGCGCCGUCGUCUGGAUCUGCGCCCAGAUCUUCCUAGCCCUUGCCAUCCUGACCAACCUCAUGCCACCCCGUGUGUACACCUGGAUCUUCAGGGGCAGCUUUGCCAUCAUCAUGAUCGAUUUCAUCAUGACGAUGGUCUGGCUUCCUAUCGGAGUUGCGCAGACGUAUGGCUUCCAACCAGGCAGCUUUUUGCUCACUUAUUACAACGGCACUGGCGCGCCUGACGCCUGGAACGUCAUUCUCGUCUUCCUCUCAACUUCGGGCGUCAUGACGGGUUUUGAUGCCGCAGGACAUAUCGCCGAGGAGACCCAAGGCGCAAGCUUCAGAGCGGCAAGGGGAAUCUUCUGGGGAUGCGCCGCUACUGGCAUCCUUGCUUUCCCGGUUCUUAUCUUGUUCUUGUUCUGCUCGCCUUCAUUAGACGUGCUCUUCGCUCUCGAUGCGCCUCAACCGUUCGUCAAUCUGUAUGCUCUCGCCCUCGGCAACGGAGGACAAAUUGUGAUGACAGUAGUCGCCAUCAUUGGCCUCUUCAUGAACACAAGCAUCGCCAUCGUGGCAGCCUCUCGCCUGAUCUAUGCCAUCGCUCGUGAUGGCGUCUUGCCCGGAUCAUCCUGGAUAGGCAAAGUCGACAAGAACGGACAGCCCCGCAAUGCUGUCCUCUUCAUCUGGCUCGUCUCCGCCGUCCUGGUCUGCACCAUUCUGCCGUCCCAAGUCGCUUUUACCUCGCUUGUGUCUGCCGGCGCAGUACCCACGAUCACUGCAUACGCUCUCAUUUCCGGCGCUCGCGUCUUCUGUACGCCGCACAAAUACAGAGAUGCAAAGUGGAACAACGGUCGCUUCUCUCUUCUCUUCUGCUGGAUCGCCAUGAUCUGGUCGCUUUUUCUGACAGCCGUGCUCUUCUCGCCCUACCAAUUCCCCGUCACAGCCCAGACAUUCAACUUUGGACCCAUCAUCUGGGCCGCUGUGACCAUCAUGGGCAUCGUCUCCUACCUUGUCGUGCCAGAGAGUGCUUGGCUCAGCAAGCGACACUUUGCGCGAGAGGAAGAUGUCAGAGACGCCAAAGCUUCCGCUCUUGCCGGCGAGCGUAUCCACGUUCGUCAGGAUUCUGACGGCGAGCAAAAGGACCACACAGAAUAA